AUGCGUAUGUUACCAUUGCUGCUAGUUAUCCUGUGGGCUUUAAUUCGAACUUCAGGAGAAGUUUAUAAAGCUUUUUUCACGAGUCUUAUAUUUCCAGAAAUCCACUGCAUUAAUGCAAUUUAUGUUGAUUGCCUUGUUCCACUUACUGGCGCAGAGGAUAUAAUGAGAUGUUUUAGAAAUAGAUGUUACUAUUCAAACAAAAAUAAAAAAAAACAUCAUCAUGGAAAAAACUGUGCACAAGUCGAUGGAUGUUUUCAUGAACGGAAAAAACGAGAGGUUGCUGUUACGAAACUGCCAAAUUUCGCAUCUGCCGGUUCGCCUUAUCAAAUUCAGGAAGAUUUAAUUGUUCCUGCGAAUCAUAUCCUCAGGAUUCCAUCUUCUGUCAAAAUUGCUUUUGCUAACAAUGUUGGCAUCAUCGUUUAUGGUGCACUACAAAUAAACGGCACUCAGCAUGAGCAAGUAUCCUUAUAUAGCUAUGAACGUAACUGGAAGGGUGUCUUAUUUCAUUCCAUCAACAGCAACAAGAACCGCGAUUAUAAGUCAUUUUUAAAUUAUGUCAACAUAUCCAAUAGUAUAUAUGGUUUAAAUAUCGACGGGCCUCCGUAUCCAGAACUCAGUCACGUUGUUUGCGAUGGUAACGAAAAUGGGAUGACAAUCCGGCUUACGCAUAAAGAGCGAGCACCAGGUACCGAUUUAAAAGAUAUUGCAUGUUGCACAUUUAUGAAUAUGCUUACUGCUGCACGUAAAAUAUUGCAAACAUUUUUCAAUAUUGAUCAUAUUGAUUUUUUAUUUCAAUGCGAACAACACACAGUUCCAUGUUUUACAAUGGAUGGAUUAAGUCAAAUACAUUUGCCUCAGAUGAGAUUGUAUUUUGAGGAAGUGAUUCUGGUGGAUGCAUUGCUUUUAUCCAAUCGAAAUGAUGGUUUAUUAGUAAAUGGAUCACUUGCACUGAGAAUAUUCUCUAGCCAAUUUUCUUCGAAUGGUAAAAAUGGCAUUUCGGCGCAAUUUUCACCUAAUUCAUCGUUUGAGAUAACUAAUUCCUUUAUUGGUUCAAAUGGCGAUGCUGGUUUAUGCAUUUUACCUGAUUAUCGCACACGGAUUAAAAUUUUAGCAUCAAAUUUCACAGCUCAUUAUUACAGUGCAGCCGUAAUCGUCGAAAAAUCAAUGAAAAUAGAUUUUCUGCUAGAAUGGAGUCACAUAUGGAAUAAUAAUGCUUCUGGUAUAAUUUUCAAGAAGAAUAUUAGUCAGAGCGAUAUUCGUCUGUUAAAUAAUAAUUUUACUCGAAAUUAUGGAGAUGUAAUGCAUGUUGAAGAAAUUUGCAACGCAGCAAAUAUUCAAAUGGAGAAUAAUCGUUUUUCACAUAACCAGUUAUCAAAGCGAAAUUCAAUGAAUACAGUUAUUGGACUUCGAAUAAUGCAAGAUGGUCAAGAACUUCAACUUCAACCAAUAGUGUCGAGAGGUGACAUUGUUAUAAUCGGAGAAGACUGGAAUGCGCGCGUUAGUCCCGAUGCCACCAGAUGA